AUGGGCUUUGAUUCAGCACCUGUUCGAUUGGCUCACUUCAUAAAAGAUAGACGAUGUAAUACUGCACGGGCUGUUUUUGCAUUGGAGUUAGAAUGCAAGUGGGCUCUGAGUGGAACACCUUUGCAGAACCGUGUUGGAGAACUUUACUCUCUUAUUCGGUUUUUGCAAAUCUUCCCCUACUCAUACUAUUUCUGCAAGGACUGUAGUUGUGAGAUACUAGAUACCAGUAUGAAGAAACAAUGCGACUGUGGUCACUCAUCUGUUAGGCACUUUUGCUGGUGGAAUAAGUACAUAUCAACACCAAUACAGUAUGGGUCAACAAGUUUCGAAGGAAAAAGAGCCAUGACUCUUCUGAAGGAAAAAGUUCUGAAAGGCAUAGUGUUAAGGCGCACAAAGAAAGGCCGAGCGGCAGAUCUUGCUCUUCCACCAAAGAUUGUGACAUUGAGGCGGGACUCUUUUGAUAAAAACGAAAUGGAAUUCUAUGAAGCUUUGUACACUCAGAGUGUCACACAAUUUGAUGCAUAUGUAGAUGCUGGAACACUGUUGAAUAACUACGCUCAUAUCUUCGAUCUUCUCACAAGGUUGAGACAGUCUCCUUCAGCUAGCAACUGUGAAAGUGCCAACACACUGAAUGUAAAUGAAUUGUCUGAAAAAAUUUCACAAACUAACUUGCAUGAGGUGGAGCAUGUUAUUAUUCCGGAACAUCUUCGUGUGCCAGAAUAUGAGCAGACCAAGUUAAGUUUUGGCAGUUUCACAUCUGGUUUGGAUUCGGAACAGAUAAACUUGUGGCAAGCGUCAUUGCGUCAGGACGUUGACCUCCUGAAGUUAUUUGAUAUUGUAUACUGA